UUUGACUGAAUAAUGUCCAACCAGACUAGGCUACAUCUACGCGGGUUCUUCUGACGUCAUCCCAGUAUAUUCCCUUUCCCCAAUAAAACAUUUUCUCAGUGAGUUCUUUGCUGCGGUAGCCACUCGCGUGAGGGUGACCAAUGAAUCGCAUUACAUUUAACAAUGUAUUACAAACCAAGCUUGUUAACGGGAGUCUGUUUAUCCUAUUAAUCUACUCUAUCCCAUUAACCUGGUGAUUUGGCGCCGGUGGAUGGAUAACUGGCCUACCGGGACUGGUAAUUUAGAAGUUGUGGAAAAGACAAAGGUAUCAAUUUAGUUGGGAGGAAAUUAUCAUUGUGAUUUGAUGGAUACCCAAUGCAUUAUUAAUAACGGAUUAAUAGGCAUUAAAAUAAUGGUUCCAAUGAAAUAGUAUUAAUCUUAUGAGAUCAUAUUUGACCAAAGACCUGAUGAAGGAAUUUGCCAGGACCAGCAUGACUACAGCGGGGAUGGAUCUGCGUUUGCUGAGAGCGCCCCAAACAACCAUCGCAAUUUUGCCAACUCUGAGCUUCACGGAAAAUGACACCAGCUGCGGGGAGCAGAUUCUUAACCACGGGAAUGUGGAGAAGGUGCUUAUCGGAGGAGUUCUCACUGUGCUCACUUUGUUCACUAUUUGCGGGAACUUACUUGUGGUGAUAUCCGUGUGCUUUGUGAAGAAGCUGAAACAGCCCUCCAAUUAUUUAAUUGUCUCUCUGGCCGUGGCAGACCUGUCCAUAGCGGUGGCGGUGAUGCCCUUUGUCAGCAUCACGGACCUCAUCGGGGGGCAGUGGAUCUUCGGACAGGUGUUCUGCAACGUUUUCAUUGCCAUGGACGUGAUGUGUUGCACUGCUUCGAUCAUGACCCUGUGUGUAAUAAGCAUAGACAGGUACCUAGGCAUAACAAAACCCUUGACCUACCCUGUGCGACAGAGUGGGAGAUGCAUGGCGAAAGUAGUUCUGUCUGUGUGGCUGCUGUCUGCUUCCAUCACCCUGCCCCCGUUGUUCGGCUGGGCCCAGAACGUCAACGAUGACAAGGUGUGUCUGAUCACCCAAGACGUGGGCUACACCAUCUACUCCACCGCCGUUGCAUUCUACAUCCCCAUGUCGGUGAUGUUGAUGAUGUACUACCGCAUCUACCGAGCAGCCAAGGUGAGCGCCGCCAAGCACACCAUCCAAGGCUUCCCCAAGGCAGAGGACGAGCGUAACAGUGUUGACUGCGUGGCCGCGGCCUUUAAGCUCCAGAAGGAGGUGGAGGAGUGUGCCAGUUUCUCUCGUCUGCUUAAGAACGACAGGAAAAACAUUUCCAUCUUCAAGCGGGAGCAGAAGGCGGCCGCUACGUUGGGGAUCGUUGUGGGGGCCUUCUCUGUCUGCUGGCUGCCCUUCUUCCUGAUGUCCACGGCCAGGCCCUUCAUCUGUGGGGUAGAAUGUAGCUGCAUUCCCCUCUGGGUGGAAAGGUUUCUCCUCUGGCUGGGCUACGCCAACUCCCUCAUCAACCCAUUCAUCUAUGCCUUCUUCAACAGGGACCUGAGGACCACCUACCGUAACAUCUUGCUCUGCAGGUAUAGGAACAUUAACCGCAAACUCUCCGCCGCCUGCAUGCACGAGGCCAUCAAACUGGCUGAGAGACCGGAUCUGGAGAUCUAGAACAGUGUUUCUUAAACUUCUCUAACACUUUGCUACACAAGGACCGGCAAACUAUGGUUUAGAUCAGGGUGUCAAACAUUUGACUGCGGCCUGUGGGUGGUUUGAGUAAUAAAUAAAAAACUCAAUGUAGUGAUAAUGGACUUACAUUUUACAGUCUCUUCACUCUGUCCAUCUUGUUAACAAUCAUCAAAAUGAAAGCCUAACAGUCAGGGAGCAUCAAAAUUACAAAAAUAAGGUGCAAAAUGAGUAUGACACCCCUAGUUUAAAUGAAAACUUGGGCUUGACAUAUGACUAAAUUGGAGCAGACAACCAUCUGUGGUCCACAGGUCCACAGACCAGGGGUUGAAAAACACUACUCUAGAGGAAUCCUAUUCAGUUCAUGAGUAGAGAAGGCUACAUGCAUGUGUAUAGAAUAACUGACAUUAUUGUUCAUACCUGGCACACACAAGAACAUUAGAUCCACAUUGUGUCAGGUUAUACACAGUACAUUUUGCAGUGUUCAUUUCACUUAAAGAGUUCAUUUUAACACUACCUCAGAUAACAUAUAGUCCCACUCUACAGAGUGUAAAAAGUACUCUGAUUGUAGUGUUACAUUUUGAGUGUUAAUGUAACACUUCAUAUUAUAAAAUAUUAACAUUGCAUUUCACAUGCCACUGUUACAGUAAGUGAUUUUGGGUGUUGUUUUAACACUAUUUGGUGUAAAAGCCAAAUUUGCCUUUUCUUUUCAAUUGAAUUGUAGCGUUACCACCCAUGACUAUAUUUGUUAGUGACAAAGACAUGGUUGUUGAAUUAUUUCCUUUUAAAUACCUGUUAUAAUAAAAAAUUUAACUUUAUGAAAAUAGAUUUAAAUAUAUCAUAAGGCUUUAAUUUGCUAACAAAUCUUAACUCGCUAACAAUUGGUUUACAAAUUACAGGCCACAUCAGGCCUGCAAGUCCCAUUAUGCUGACUGGCAAAGGGAUGUAUAAUUCCUUUUUUAAAUCCAGCCAGUUAGGAUAUUCAACAGUUGGAAUUUCUAUUUACCCUCAACCUGCAUUCAGAAUGACUACCAGGGUUAGCAACCUGGUCUCAGAGCAUUUUGUAUUAUUCUG